AUGGCUGAGGGGAGGACUGGAGAGGACAUUGUUUCAGAGUACCUGGACCAGAACCCUCACCUGGUCGAGUGGGUGGAGUCGCUCCGAGGAGUGCAUGAGACCAACAAGCAGUGGCACGCCAGACGAGAGUUUUUCCUGAGGAACAUGGAGACGUUCCCCACAGUCCAGCCGGGCUUCCCCAGCCCCAGUCUGGACAGGCUGCUCUCACUGUCCAUAUGUUGGGCCAACCACGUCUUCUUGGGCUGCAGGUAUGUGUAUCGUAGCCUGGUCCCAUAUCUGUUUGUGUGGUCUUGUCAACUAGAUCUCGAACAGGCUAUGUUUGAGGAAUGGAUAGAGGAACUUUGUUUUAAUGGAUUUCAAUGUUGAGUUUUACUGUAAUAUAAUUUUCACACUUCACACAAAAUGUAUGCACACACUACUGUAAGUCUCUUUGGAUAAAAGCAUCUGUUAACUGGCAUAUACUACAGAGCUGAGCUGAGCUGCACUGGCCUGGCUAUGCAUCCACCAUAGUAGUUGAAACCCUGCUGGAAAGGACAGUGUGAGAAGGAAAUAUCCGAGCCAGCACAGUAUGGUUGGGGUCAGCACUGUUGAUAGUGUGAAAAUAGUAUUAGUUAUUUACAAUGGGGGGUGCUGCUGGUGCUCUUCCAUAGGUUCUGGUUUAACAUAUAUUCUCCAGUUUGGACCAACCAGAAUGAAAAACUACUACAGUAUUCCAAUAAAGUAAACCAAGGUAAAACAACAGGAGACUAGGGUCAACUGUCCUAAGGGGACAUUCAUCUUCUUCUGUUGUUUUGCAGAUACCCUCAACCUGUCAUGGACAAGAUCGAGGAAAUGGCAGAGGGAGUGGUUGUCAAUGAUGCUCCAGUUCGAAAGACGAGAGAUGAAAUCAUGGGGAAAGGAAAGAGGACUGCAGGUAUGAUUCAGCUGUGUACAUACUUGUCAUAACUUGUUUGUAUUACUUUUUUCCCCCUUCUACUUUUUAUUACUACUUGUUAUCUAGGACUUUGUAUUUGGCAUUUGAUUCUUGAUUGAUAUUGCACUGCAUUGUUAAGGAGAGUUAGCAAGUAAGCAUUUCACUGUACCGUUUACACCUAUAUCCUGUGCACUUGACCAAUGAACUUUGAUUUGAUUUGGAUUGAAUUUGAAACUAUUUGAAAGUUUGGAUUUCUUGUAUAGUUUGUAGAGUCCAACUUUAAACGUUUUAAUUGACGCUAAUAUUAUAGCCCUACUAAAGAAAAGUUGAGUUUGACCAAUGGUCUGUCUUUGCUUCAGGGUUGUACAGUAUGGUUAACUCAUGGCAAUACACUGAAUGGCAAUUACUGUGAUAACAGAUGCUUUAUACCCGUUUCUGUAUAUUUGUAAGACAAUUAAAGUGGGAAAAGUUCUGUACUUCUCCAUCAAACAUACUGUACAUUGUUAAGGUUAGAUGAGUCGAUGAGUCAUCCCUGCAGUAUUUUUUUCUGCUGCUUUUGCCAGUGUUGCCCGGGAAGAAUCCCAUCUCAGUUGUCUUUUAUCUUGCUGAUUCUCAGGGGGCGGCGACGACGACAGCUGCGUAAAGCGGACCAAGCCUGGGAACCCCUUCAAGCAGGGCCCGCCCCCGCAGGCGCCUGCCGAGCACCAGCCCUUCUUCAACCGCCUUUACAAGGCUGUGGCGUGGAAGCUGGUGUCGGCAGGGGGCUUCGGCCCCAACCUGGACCACUUUGAGAUCCUGCGUGCCUGCACCGAGUCAUCCAAAGAGAGCCUGAGCUGCGUCUUCGUGCCCCUGAAGGACAUCCCCGACCUGCCGGCGGCGCGCACCCAGAAGGAGGGUCAGGUGUGCGAGCUGCGCUGCCAGACAGUCUACCUGGGCACGGGCUACGGGCGUGACGAGGCGGCCGCCAGGUCCAUGGCAUCCAAGGAGGCCCUCAAGGCCUUCCAGGGGCGCAAGGUGAUGGUGAAGAUCUGCCGGCGGCGGUUCAAUGGGAGGGACGUAGAGGAUCUGGUGCUGCUGGAUGAUCAGCCCAGGAACCCGGGCUUCCCUCCCGCUAUCAGCUACCCCUUCCAGCCAGAGCAGCAGGGGGACGGGCCGUCGUAG